UUACUAAAAUAAUUUUUAUUAAAAAAAAAGAAAUCCGAGUGCCAUAAAAGAUGCAUGUAAAGAGCACGGGUUAAAUAAUGGGCAAUGUGGAUUUAUUGCUAAAGCUUUUCAAUUAAUUGAUAAAUUUAUGAGUACAAUAGAAGAUAAUCAAGAUAAUCAGAAACAAAUAAAUAAAAUGAGUGAUUCUGUUUUGGUUGAUGAAAAUAAUGAACAAGAAUUAAUUAAAAGGUUAAAAGAGGGUAUUUUUAAAUUUAGGGGGAAUUAUUUAAUUUUUGGAAAUAUUCUAUUUUUAAUGAAAAAUAUUUAA